UCAGACACCCCCUAUGUGUGUGAGAUGUAACUGCGUCUGAAGGUUGUGAGAGAUAAGUGGAAAGUCCCUAACACUGGAAAUCCCCUUUGUCUGUCUUGGCUUUUCCGCAGUCUACAUGAACUACAUUAAGUUGGAGGACGUGAUCUAUGCUUUGACAGCCUAUAGAGUAAACAUACCAACAUGUAAUUGAUUGUGAAGAAGACUGAAUGGCGUUGUUUUGACUGCUGCGGUUACCCUGAUUGAAGUGGCCGAGGACUACCUGGAGCAUCCUUAGGGCUUUGUUGGUGGUCUUAUUGUACAGUUCUGCGUUGGUACACGUUACAUCUGGUGAACACCAUGUCCCAGGGACAGAAUUUCCUGCCCAAGUUCCUCUUUGUGAGUAACCUGCUGAAAGCGGUCAAGAUCCGGGAGCGGGUGCCCAACGAUGUGGUGAAGCCGGCGGGCAGGGAAAGCCUGAUGCACCACCUGCGGGGCAUGCACCGCUACACCCUGGAGAUGAUCAGCAUGAGCCAGUUCCCUCAGGCCUUCCAACAGGUCAUCCAGGCAGCCAUCUUGGACAGGGCCAUGCAGAGCUCCCUAGAGCAGGAGAAGAAGCUCAACUGGUGCCGCGAGGUCAAGAAAAUGGUACCACUGAGGACCAAUGGAGAUGGGAACUGUCUUCUCCAUGCUGCCUCUCAGUACAUGCUGGGGGUGCAGGACACAGACCUGGUCCUGAGGAAGGCCCUACACAGUGUGCUCAAGGAGACUGAAACAGGCAACUUUAGAACCCGUUUCCAGACAGAGCUACUGCAGUCUCAGGAGUUCACCCAGACUGGCCUGCAUUACAGCACCAUGAAUUGGGAGGAGGAAUGGGAGAAAAUCAUCAAGAUGGCAUCGCCUGUGUCCAGCAGCAACGGGCUGCAGUUUGACUCCCUGGAGGACAUGCACAUCUUUAUCCUCUCCAACAUCCUCCGCAGGCCCAUCAUCGUCAUCGCAGACCAGGUGCUGCGCAGCAUGAGGUCCUGCUCCUCCUUCUCUCCCCUCAACGUGGGGGGCAUCUACCUUCCUCUGCACUGGCCUCCAAGGGAAUGCUACAAGUACCCCAUAGUGCUCGGCUACGACUCCCAGCACUUUGCUCCCCUCAUCACCAUCAAAGACAGUGGCCCAGAGAUCCGAGCAGUGCCGCUGAUCAACCCGGGCCGCGGGGGCUUCGAGGAGCUCCACGUGCACUUCUUGAUGGAGAAGGAGCAAACUCAGAAGGAGAGGCUUCUGAAGGACUACCUAAUGCUGAUGGAGAUCCCUGUCAUUGGACUGGGCUACGAUACCACACGCAUCAUCAAUGCUGCCAGGCUGGAUGAAGGGAACCUGCCUGAGGACAUGAACCUGAUGGAGGACUACCUCCAGUUGGUCAACCACGAGUACAAGCGCUGGCAGGAGGACAAGGACCAACUGUGGGCCGCCCCCCACCCCCAUAGACCACCCCCCUUCUCCGUGUCUCAAUUGUCCCUCAUCGAGAUCCGAUGUGCCACACCACGGUGCACCUUCUACGUCUCCGUGGACACCCAGCCACACUGCCACGAGUGCUUUGAGAAACGCCAGGGCCAGCCCAACGGGAGGAUAGAGGCUGCCCCUACAAAAGGCGGUAGUCAGGCUUGUGAGCCGGGGUGUAGUAGUAGAGUACGGCCCAGCCCCCCCGGCCGUCUGGCGGUGUUAUCCAGCCCGCUCUCCGUCGCUCUACCGCGCUCGGCGUCCUGCCGUUACAGCGAAACCCACGCCAUGAAGUGCAAGAUGCCUGGCUGCGUUUUCACCCGCAGCAAGGAGCACAAUGGUCUGUGUGAACGCUGCUUUAACAGCCGGCAGAAUGCACCAGGGAGGUGCGGCAUGUGCCACCAGGAGGCCUUCAGGAUAUUUAACGGACUGUGCCCCCCGUGUUUCCAGAGUACUGGCACAGUGCGGGGCGAGGAGCCCCAGCCGUCGGCAGCAGCGGCCUCUUCUGGGUCGUUAUGGACCCAGCCCCCGCCCAGGGAAUCUGAGUACUCGGGCCGGCCCUGUAAGAGGUCGGGAUGCCAGUUCUUUGGAACUCAACAGAAGCGUGGAUUCUGCACCAUCUGCUAUUUGGACUAUCAGACCAACCACUUAGCGACCCUUCCUCCUCCUGCUCCAAUCCAGACUCGCCACGCGUCGGAGGCAGGCUUCCAAAAUGCUUCGCGCUGUCAGGGCCCGGGGUGUGGGGCUGAAGGCAAUACCAUGCUGGAGUGCUUCUUUAACGAUAAGAGCUCCAUGGUGAACCAGAAUGCUAGCAGGGCUCCCGGUGCCCACUCCCCUCCACUGGUCAUGCGAACUGCUAAACCAGAACCAGACAGACCCAGACAGACCCAGACCCAGGUCACGUGCAGGUGGAAUGGCUGCAGUAACUUCUUCCCUGGCUGCACAGACCUGUGUCAGGAGUGCCGGGCCACGCGGGGGCAGAGAGAGAGCCGCAGGGAGAGGGCAGGGGCACCUAAGGAAACGAUGAAGCAGAGCUGUAAAGCCCAAGGCUGUGACCACUAUGCCAACAUAGAGAAGCAAGGCUUCUGUAACGAAUGUGACCACUUUAAGCAGGUCUACAGGGGGUGAGCCCAAAGGUUUGGGGAAGAUUAAAAUGGUCGUGCCACCAUGCUAGUCAAUGCAUCUCUGAAACUAGUGACCCUAAGGCCAGAAGCCCGUUUUAACAUGUGCUCAUGAAGAGAAAAGAGCAGGGGCAGUAGAAAUGGCUGGCAGAAUACCUCUUAGUGCAAUUAUUAUUAUCCCACGUGUACAGGAUGAAAGGUGAGGUAUGCGUGUCAAGACAACGGACAACGUGUACAGUAUGUAUCAUGCUGGACUACUGAUUGUAUCUUGAAAAAAGCGCAAUACGUAAGCUGCUUAAUAAUAUGGCCAAGGAAUUAUCUAUCAAGCAGCUAGUUUGUCCAAUUUGUAAGUCGCUCUGGAUAAGAGCGUCUGCUAAAUGACUUAAAUGUUAAAUGUAGUUACCGAUACAAUAAUGUGAUAAACUGCAGCUUUUGUUUAAGAACCUCAUCGACCAAAAUUCUGACAACUGUAAAGUUGUGCCAAAGCCAUCACGACCACUACCAAAAUGAGAGUUUGGUCAGUAGAAAUGUGGUUUAAACAGGAUUAGGUACAGUCAAAACUGUACCUACCUAGACAGCUAAUGUACAGUAUCUGAGCGAUUGUGAAUGGGCAGGACCCUUAAGUACGGAAUGGUGCUGCUUGAACAGAAGUCAAAUGUAGAGGUUAUGUUACAUGACAGAGAAAACAGUAGUUAAAACUCAAUAAUAUUCAACCUCAGUACAUAUGUCGUUGUGUUCUUGUUUUCAACCUCUCCCACUGCCACAUAGAUGUCUGCUGGCAGUACAUAUGUUGUUGUGUUCUUGUUCGCUGUCGACCACUUUUUGUAUCUCUACUGUAAAAGUCCAAGUUAGUGCUUGCCCUGAGAGUUGUACCACGUUACAGUAUGUUCUAUAUGUGUUAAUGCUGGGCAAUUACCUUCACACAGACUCCUAGUUAAUGAGUUACUUAUAGAUGAGAGCAAAGUUCAGUUGAUCUCGUCCAAGGGGAUUGCCAGUGAGUAAAGGAGUGUGUGUUUGGAGGUAAGGAAGGAGAACAUAAAGGCAGGAGAAAUCCCCGUAGAGCUCAACACCUCAUUCAGAGGAGGAAGGGAGGGAGAACGUUAACAAACACCUGUGGGGAAAAACAGCAACACAGCUCUUAGCUUAGUUCAUACCUUGUAGCUGUGGCAUGGCUGGACCCCAGGAAGAGUAGCUGCUGCUUUGGCUGCAGCCAAUGGGGAUCCAUAAUAAAUACAAAUACAAGCCUGCAGUAAAAUACCUCACCACCCAUAGAACCUGGCCUGCAGUAUAGUACCUCUUUAUCGUAGGGGCUCUGCUGAAAUCUGCUCUGCUCACACGAUGCCUCACUCUACUACUCUGUUUGAUAUAAAACUGACAUUCCUGUGUUUUCUUCUUUUAAACCUAUAUAUUUGAACUGACAUUUCCUUUCUGCCAAAAAACGUGCCAUCGUCUAGAAAGCAUUGAUUUGACCUCUUAACUAAGGCAUCGAUGAAGUCUGUUCAAUAUGCAUAUCUGACAUCUGUUCAAUAUGCAUAUCUGACAUCUGUUCAAUAUGCAUAUCCGACAUCUGUUCAAUAUGCAUAUCCGACAUCUGUUCAAUAUGCAUAUCCGACAUCUGUUCAGUAUGCAUAUCUGACAUCUGUUCAAUAUGCAUAUCCGACAUCUGUUCAAUAUGCAUAUCUGACGCCUGCAAAAAAUGUAUUUUGUUGAUUAAACUUAUGGCAGACUAGAUAUAGAUCUGUGCUUUAAGCAGAUGAUACGCAUAAUAUAAUAUAAUACAAGGGUAAUUAGUUGUCAGUACAUGCUCUUUGGUUAUGGGUCUGAACCCCAUUCAGACCACUACAUACGGCACAAUACUUAAUAAGCUGCUCUGGUACUUUCCUUGACAUACAUAAACAUGCAAAGUUGUAACAAAACAUGCAAAAGUUGUGAGACAUUUUUGUGUAACCUGUCAAUAAUAAGGUAUUGUAUGAAAAGCUUUGUUUUGUUUAAGUAUUUAUUAAUAUCAAAUAUUAUCUGUACUGUGCAUUUCAAUACUUAUUUAUAUGUUGUCCUGAAAUGAAUUAUUUUUAUUAAGAAAACCUGACAUUGUCUUGUU